AUGCCUCCAUAUAACUUCCCCUCUGUGCGAGCUUCAUGUGAUCGCUGUCGAUUCCACAAGCUCAAAUGCAUCGUCAAUGCAGAAGACAAAUCCGUCCAGCAAAAGUGCGCCCGCUGUAUCAGGGCAAAGGUUGAGUGCGUGUAUAGCCAACGAGCCCGCCCAAAGCGCCAGAAGAACCUCGAGUCAGAGGGCAGCUCUGGUGAAGGCGAAAUGGGGCCUAUGACUCCACCAACUGGUUCUGGCGAAGAAGUGAGCUUUGACUCAUCUUAUACAGCUUCACCAGAUAUUUGGGCCAUGCUCAACACUCCGGACUUUGGAGUCGGACUGGAUGAGUCGACUUUGACAUUUGGCAGCUUCGCACAGACACCGUCAGGCGUAGCAUCUGCGAGCGCCAGUGGGCUGCAUGUUGGUUCCAUGCUCGACGUAGUACCGAACCAGAUUCUUGGUAACGGACUUGUCACGGAGCCCACUACACCCAAAUUCGAACAAAACACCGCCUUAGAUUCAUCUGCGAGAAUCGCGCCCUUCAUGCACGAUUGUACGCAGUCCCAAACCAACGGGGCCAUCGACAUCGAUGGGGCCUCGCCAAUCACUCGAUUAUCAAAUCUCAUGGCCGAUAUUUACCGGACAUUGGCUAUCCUCACGGGCACUUCACAUGCCAACAAAUAUCCCAGCUACAAUUUUUGCGAAUAUCCUAUUGGUACCGUCUUGCAUCUUGCUCGGACUCUGGUAGAAAUCAUUCCUCAAGUCACAAGCUCAUUUCACACCGCCUCAGCAUUUACCCAAGACAUAACUGGAGUAUCAAGACGCGACUCGAUAUCCUCAGUUUCUCCAUACAGCAGCUACAGCUACUAUGCAGAUCUCCAAUCCAUCACACCCCCAUCAUCUACAGCAUCCCACAGCCUCAAAGACUCCAUGGACGCACCCACAAAAAUGCUCGCAAUGAGCUGCUACUCCUCCCUGCGCCGCCUAUACUGCCUAGUUCUGACUCAUUUUGAAACCUACCUGAGGAUGACACUCCCCGCCUUCACCAGCGAACUUCUGUCGCACAAUGCAGCGGGGGUCAAGACGCUGCAGCUCGGUGAGCUGCCUCUUACGGACGAGGUGUGCAGCAGGAUUGGCACGGCGGUCAAGUUGAUGCUGGAUGCUCUCCGCUCCGCGGAGGAUAUGCUCGGCCUUUCUGAUUAUGCGAGCACUACGCGAAGAUGCCGGAAAGCGGAUCCAUGCGGAUGUCCGUUCUCGGCAGGGUCGACGGAGAGGGGUCAGGAUGUAACGCCGUUGGCGUAUGAGGAGCUUUCAGAGGUAUUUAAAGACAGUGCUAUGAUGGGGUAUCAAGGUACGCACAUGGAUAAUUUAGCGAGUAAAGUCGAGUCUGUUAAGACAAUGUUGAAGGAUAGAAUAGACCUCCGUAUCUGA